AUGGUGCCAAAAGUUUCCAGCAAGUUUGCCAGAAGGCUCUUACCUCUUGGUAGCAAUUUGAUCGAGACAUCGACGAAGAAACCAAUUGUGGGAAACGGAGCAACGAAUUUGGGUAAUAGAUGCGAUACUUUCACUAUGCUGACAUACAAUAUGUUAUCACCUUACUAUAUGUGGCCACAGGUGUACACGUAUGUUCCAGAUAAAUUCAAAGAAUGGAGCUACCGACACGCACUUUUGGAAAAAGAGAUUCUUAACAAGUACCGUGCCGAUAUCAUGUGUGUUCAGGAGCUGACAUGGAAAGAUUACGAUAGUUUUUGGCAGGAACAUUUGGAACAAGAUCUGAAUUACGGCAGUAGUUUCAUAGCGAAAACACCUCCCAAAUAUUGGCAAAGACCCGAAAAUGAGAUGGAUGGUGUGGGCAUCUUUUACAACCGCGAGAAAUUCGACCACAUCUCUUCAACGAGCAUAUAUCUUAGCGAUAUGAUUGGAAUUUUCAAUAUCAAGGAGUUGAACUACUUGAAAAGCACUAUAAUCACGCUCACGAACGGUGCAGGAGAACCUGUGGGCAAAGAGAGUUUGCUGAAUGUAUUACACAGCCGAAAUCAAGUGUGUCUUUUUGUGUCAUUGAUGCACCGGAAAACUAAGACCUUGUUUGUCGUAAUCAAUACACAUUUGUAUUGGAAAUACGACGAAGUCAAAUUGUGCCAAUGUCUCACGAUUAUGCGGAAAUUGGAUCGAAUUAUAAGGCAGCUCUUGAUGGGUAUUGAAGGCGCGACAUAUUCCAAAAUCAAGAUUUUAUUCACUGGAGAUUUAAACUCGCUACCCGACUCGCCCGUCGUGAACUUUUUAAAAGGUGACGUAGUGUCGAGAGCUGAUUUUAACCUUGUCAAUCCGCUACGUCCGUAUUUGAAUCGUUACAUCUAUCAAGAUACUUCAGAAAACGCGUUUGACUACACAUGCUACUCGGGGAAGUUGAAGGGUAUUUUUGAUUAUAUUUGGUAUCAUGAUACAGAUUUCCGUCUUAAAAAAGUACUCACAGGUAUUGAGGUUACCGAAGAACUGAAAUAUUUGCAGCAGUUCGGAUUACCAAACGAGUAUCAUCCAAGCGACCAUAUCCCAGUUUUGACUGAGUUUGAAUUGCUCAGCUGA